AUGUCCUGCUGCGUUGCCAAGUCCUGCUCGCCUCAGGACGAGAAAGCCGCUCUCGGUUUUGCAGUACAGCUUUGCAGUGGUGCUGGUGUGACUGAUCUGCCUAGCAGUGCGAGCUGUGCCAACUCAGCCACUUCGACUAAUGCCACCAGCGCCUCUACCACCACUUCUCCCGUCAACUCCUCCGGUAACAGCACUGCUUCCGCCACUACCACCCUCACAGGCACGAAGACUCGGUCUGCAUCGGGAAACACCCAGCCCGCAACUCCCAACAAGACAAACACUGGAAGCAGCCCCACUGCCACGGGUGGCGGUGUCCCGCUCUUGCCGGAUGCUGAUGCCAGUAUCUUUGCGGUCGUCGGCAUGGCGCUCGUUGCAUUCCGGAUGAAGGCUUGGUGGGAUAACUUUGUCAUGCUCCCCCUGUCGCCACCUUCUUAA